CGCGUCGGCCGCCUCCGGAAGCGCGCGCACCUCGUCGCCGGCGUCGACACGUCGGGGAGCCUCGCGGGCCUCAACGAGGCCGUGUCCGCGGUCUUCUCGUCGUCGGCGCUGACCUUCGGCGGCGUCGUGCACGCCGCGGGCGUGCUCCACGACACGCUCCUCAGCAAGGUCGAGCGGUGGAUGGUCGACAAGGUCACGGGGCCCAAGGCGUCGAACCUCGGGUUCCUGCGGGGCCUCGUCGACGACGUCGUCCACUUCACGUCGGCGACGGUCAUCCUCGGCGGCCCGGGCCAGACGGCCUACGCGCACAGCUCGGGCGCGCUCGACGACGACGCGCUCGGCAGCCGCGGCGGCGGCCGGCGGUCGUCGGCGCUGCAGUGGCUCGCCAUCGAGGGCGUGGGCAUGCACCAGGAGGCCGUGGGCACGGCGCCCCAGUGGACGCCGCUGGAGAGGAUGGAGCGGAUCCUCCGGUCGGCCGUCGGCGGCGACCUCUGCCCGUCGCUGAGCGUGCUGCCCGAGGCGUUCCUGUCCUUCGUGCCCAAGCAGCUCCACCUCAAGGACGACCCGUCCAAAAAGCCUCAGCCCGAGAAGAAGAAGAAGGAGAAGAAGGAGAAGAAGCCCAAGGAGAAGAAGGUCAAGAAGGAGAAGGCGCCGAAGGCGGACGUCGGCCCCGUCGUCGAGGCGGCCCUCAAGCAGACCAUCGAGAACAUCAUGGAGAAGUACGACCCGGCGAACGACGAGGUGCCCUUCAUGGAGAUGGGCGUCGACAGCAUGGGCCUGACGGACUUUGUGAACCAGCUCAACAGCGCGCUGGGCAUCGAGCUCCCGGAGGUCGCGCUCUUCGAGUACCCGACGGUGUCGGACCUCCGCAAGGCGCUGAUAACCAUGGUCCUCGAGCUCCAGGGCGGCGGCGACGACUCCGACUCCGACGACGAGUCCGACGACGAGCCCGCGAGCGGGCUCGCCCUCGCGGCGCCGGAGCGGUCGCCGCUGCUCCUGUCGUCGAUCACGGGCAAGCUGUCCGUCGGCGACGUCGGCGCGAACGCGCUCGGCUUCUACGCGACGCUCCGCGGCGGCUGCAGCGGCAUGGGGCGCCUGCCGCUGGACCGCGUCCACUCGUCGCUCACGUCGACGGGCCUCGAGGGCCUCGACCUGCCGCACACGGCGACCUACGGCGGGUUUAUUCAGACGAAGCACUGGAUCGACUUCGACGGCGACUUCUUCGGCGUCGCCGUCGCCGAGGCCAAGGUCAUGGACCCGCAGCAGCGCCAGCUCAUGGAGGUGGGCUUCGAGGCGUUGGACGCCGCGGGCAUCACGAAGCAGGCCAUCCGCGCCCACGACGACGCCUGGACCGUCGGCAACUUUGUGGCUCUGCAGACGAACGACUUCGCGCGCGCCAUCGUCCGGAGCCCGCGGCUCAUGCAGUCGACGUACGCGGUCUCCGGCGCGAACCCGGCCAUCGCCGCGGGGCGGCUGCCCUACGCGCUCGGCCUGCGGGGCGCGGCGUUCACCGUGGACACGGCCUGCUCGACGGCGCUCGUGUGUUUGCACGAGGCGCGCUUGGCCGACGCGACGACGGACCGCCACGAGCCCGCGUUGGUGUCCGCGGUCAACGCGAUGAUCGACGCGUCCGUCACAGAGGUCGUGGAGCGCGCGGGCAUGCUGUCGCCGCGGGGCCGGUGCCACACCUUCGACGGCCGCGCGGACGGCUACGCGCGCGGCGAGGGCGUCGUCGCCGUGCUCAUCCGGCGGCAAGAGGCUUUAGACGGCGUCGCCGACGUCGCCCUCCACGGCGGCGUGCUCCUGCCGGCGACGUCCCUGCGCAGCGACGGGCGCACGGCGUCGAUCACGGCGCCGUCGGCCGUCGCGCAGCGCGAGCUCCUCGCGCUGGCCCUCGACCAGGCGCCGAAGCUCACUUUGACGAACGUCGAGACGCACGGCACGGGCACGGCGCUCGGCGACCCCAUCGAGAUGGCCGCGCUCGCGUCCCACGCGGAGAAGCCCGCGAAGCUCGCGGCCCCCAUCGUGCUCAGCGGCGUCAAGGCCUACCUCGGCCACCUGGAGCCCGCCGCGGGCUUCGCGGGCGUCGCCGCGCUCCUGGGCGCCGCGAAGACGCGCGCGCUGCCGCCGAACCCGCUCCUGCGGACGCUCAACGGCCAGCUCGCCAACGCCACGAAGAAGGCGUUGUCCAUCCCCGCGGCGGAGGCGACGGCGACGCCCUGCUUCGACGCGGGCGACGCCGUCGUCGGCGUCGGCAGCUUCGGGUUCUCGGGCAUCGUCGCGCACGCGCGUUUCGCGCGCGGCGGCGCCGCGGCGCCCGAGGCGGCCAACGACGUGACCUACUUUGACGUCGAGAAGCGCACGCUCUACCGCGGCCGCGUGAGCUACCCCUGGCUCGAGGUCGUCGAGCCGUUGGUCUACGGCAUCGACGCGCACGCGGACGCCGCGCCCGACGCCGUCGGCGCGCGGGCCGCGCCGGCCGCCGCGGCGCCGGGCGCCGCGGCGCAGUUCGACGCCGCGGGCGUCAAGGCCGAGGUGCGGCGCAUCGUCGGCGAGCUCUCCGGCGCGGACCUCGCCGACGGCGUCGACGCGUCGUUCGACGACGCGGGCGUCGACUCCAUCGCGGCGACGGAGCUCUCGCGCGCGCUCAAGCGCGCCUUCAAGGUCGCCAUCUCGCCGACCUUCCUCUUCGACUACCCCACCGUCGAUUUGGCCGCCGACGCCAUCGUCGCGCUCCUCGCGGACCGGGGCGACGACGGCGGCGGCGGCGACGCGGCCGACGUCGAGGCGUCGUCGCUCCUCGUGGCCUUCGGGCCGCGGCGGCCGACGCAGCGCGGCGCCCUCUUCCUCUGGAGCGGCGGCCAGGGCGAUAGCGCCAUCUUCGCCCAGCUCGGCCGCGAGAUCGCGCCGCACCUCCGCGUCUACGGCGUCGACCGCCGCGACGGCGCGGCCGUCGGCGACAUGGCGCGCGACAUGGCGCCGCUCAUCGCCGCCGCCGUGCCGGACAACGACGCGGCCUGCUUCGUCGGCGGCCUGAGCGUCGGCGGCUGGCUCGCCGUCGAGACCGCGCUGCGCCUCGCGCCGCUCGGCAAGCGCGCCGCGGCCGUCUUCGCGCUCGACGGGCCCGAGCCGUCCCAGUUCGACCUCGACUGCUCCUACGCGCCCGCCGAGGGCGCCGCGGAGCUGCUGCUGGGGCGCAACCGCACCUUCCCGGAGGGCUGGGCGGCGAUGACCGCGGACCAGCGCGUCGACGCGUUCCUCGCGCUCCUGCCGUCGCUCGGCAUCCACUUCCUCGGCUACGACGCGGCCAAGUCGGAGGCCGAGAACAAGGCGACGGUCGCCCACCACCUCACGGCGGGCGCCGACGCCUUCAUUAGCACGCUCCGCACGUCGACGACCAGCGUCUACGACAAGGCGACGUCGAAGCUCGACGCGGACCUCGUGCUCUUCCGCGCGUCCGAGCGGCGCGCGGUCAAGAUGCUCAAGGACGGCGACGCGGACGCGGCGCCCCAUCUCUACGCCUGGGCGUCCGCGGGCGUCCCCAACGUCACCGUCGUCGACUGCCCCUCAAACCACAUGCACAUGCUCUUAGACAAGCCGAAGAUCGACGCGAUCUGCGCGACCGUGCUCGACUUCGUGGACAUGUCCAACCGCAAGUAGCUCCCCCGCGCGCCGCCGGGCCCGAACCCCGGCCGCCGCGCAUCCCAUCGCUCUCGCUGUUAACGUUGUGUGCCUGUU